GUUAUUGUUCGAUUUUGUUUUGCUGGCAAAAAUUCCUAAUAUUCUAGCCAAUACAGGGAGGGGCACUGCCAAAAUCGCCAAUAAAUGAAUGCGGAGAACACAGUUAUCCAUGCCGAGAAGACCCCGGACUGCCGCACCAGCGGGGACGGGAUGGAGCAGCCAGAACUGACCGCACCAACAAAAGUGGAAAAUGCAACAAGCUCUGAUGUGGACAUUAAGGUCAGGCGACCACAGUUGUCGCGAAAGGACAGCACAGUUGCCCAGGAGGCUUCGAUGGGUAGGAAAACAUCCUCAGGCAGUGGACAUGCCUCCCAUUUGCCGCUGCCGGGCCUGCAUACGCUCUAUAGACGCCCCGAAAUCGUUACCCGAAGCCUGGCCCCGGCCCUGCCCAAGGGAGAGCUGGUGCAGCUGAAGCCGCGGCUAGUCCAUCCGCACCACGAACCCCUGCCAGAACACAAAAAGACUAAACCACCGAAAUUCGUGCCUUAUGAGCCAUAUCCGGGUGCUGUGAACCCCAUGACUGCUGCACCAGCGACGAAGCAUAAAAUUCAUCAAGACAAAAACAACCUGGACAUCGGUGUGCUCGUGGAUCAAGUGUCCACGCUGCGCACCCAAGAACUGGACACUGAGCCCAAAGCGAAAGACAAUAAAGAUGCCAGCAGCGAGGAGUUGGACAACCUGAAGGAGCAGCUCUCGAAAAUGAGGGAGGAACGUGACUACUUCCAGGCCCAAUACAAAUUCCAAACGCAGGUCAACAGCGAACUGAAGAAUCUGCUGGUGGCGUCUGUGGGUGAGGAUCUGCAGACUCGCGUCAAUCUGCUGACCGAAGACAAGCUGCAGCUGGCUCGAGCCCUGCUGGACACAGCAAACAAUCUGACCACGCACACCGAACAAAUUGAGUUUCUCGCAGGGCAAUGCGAGGUGUGGCGCUCCAAGUUUCUGGCCAGUAGUGUUAUGGUCGAAGAGCUGGCACGCUGGAAGGCCGAUCUCACGCAGAAGAAUCAGAUGCUGAACGAGUCCACCAAGCAAUUGCUGCAUGCCACACACCAGAUACGCGAGAUCCAGCUGGACAUGCUGAAGCAACUGAAGUUUUUGGCCAAAAUUCGUUACCUCAAUCUGCCCGCUACCGAUGUGAUUAGUCUGAGUGCCGAGAAUCUGAAUAUUCUACAGCGAAUGGUGCUCCACACGGGAGUGGGCAUUCCCGAGGAGACGCUCAAGCUUUCCAGCGCCAGCACGAGUCCGCUCUGUGAGGCGGAAAACUAUGCAGUUCGGGCAUUGGAAUUCAUUAGUCAGCCACUGAUGGCCACCGAUGAGGCCAUACGCGCUUUGUUCGACCAAGCCCAGCGACCCCAUUAUGUGCGUUCAGCUUCAGCGGAGGCUCCUCCGGCCGACAGUGCUCAACAGUCGGACCAAAAGCAAUAAUUUGUUAGUGAAUCGUAAGAAAUUAAUGUGAAAAAUAUUUAAGUUCUAUUCAAUUUUAUAUACAAUAACAAUCAACAAA